UGGCCUAGGAGCCAGGCGGGGAUUGGUGUGUUCAUAGAUGCAGAGAAGCUCGCGGAACUUUGAUUGGCUCAGCGCCUGCUGAACACUUAUUGGCUGUGAUGGGUCGUCUGGGCGACCGAGCAGAAUAGUACAUUGUUGGGCCUGGCUGCUGAACUGAGAUUGCAUUCGGCUGAUCGACUGCGGGAGCAGUGGCUGAGAACUGCAAGGGCCGGGACAGCCUGGACUCCCGCCACGCUCCAGGAGGUGCCUGACCGAGUGGGUCGGCUGGCGAAUUCCGCUGGCUAGCACCAUGGGCUGCUUCUUUUGCAAGAGGCUGAAGUCCGAGGAGUCAUCGACUGAGGACGAAGAGGAUCGGCCCAAGCAGUACAGCUGGGACCAGCGGAAGAAGGUUGACCUAAAAGACUACAUGUUUCAUGAAUUGAAAGGUGAAACAGUAGGUUGCUUACCUGGAAGAGUGGCAGGACAACAAUUUUUCAUCCAAGACUGUGAGAACUGUAACAUCUAUAUUUUUGAUCACUCAGCUACAAUUACCAUCGAUGAAUGUAUUAACUGCAGAAUUUUUAUGGGACCCGUGAAAGGCAGUGUGUUUUUCCGCAAUUGCAGAGAUUGCAAAUGCGUGGUAGCUUGCCAACAAUUUCGUAUGCUAGAUUGUGUAAAGCUGGAAGUGUUUCUGUGCUGUGCCACGCAGCCCAUUAUUGAAUCUUCCACAAAGAUCAAGUUUGGCUGUUUUCAAUGGUACUACCCUGAACUAGCUUCUCAAUUCAAAGAUGCGGGGCUAAGUAUUUUUAAUAACACCUGGAGCAACAUUUAUGAUUUCACACCUGUGACAGGAGAACUGAACUGGAGCCUUCUUUCAGAAAAUGCUAUGGUUAAGGACUAUGUUCCUAUACCUACUACUGAGGAACUAAAAGCUGUACGCGUUUCCACAGAAGCCAAUAGAAGCAUCGUUCCAGUAUCACGGGGUCAGAGACAGAAGAAUAGUGAAGAAUCAUGCUUAGUGGUAUUAUUUGCUGGUGACUACACUAUCGCAAAUGCCAGGAAACUAAUCGAUGAGAUGGUUGGUAAAGGCUUUUCCCUAAUUCAGACAAAGGAAGUGUGCAUGAAAACUGAGGAUGCUCAAAGAGUUUUUCAGGAAAAAGCAUCUGACUACAUUCCUCUUCUGAACAAAGGUCCUGUGAUUGCCUUGGAGUUUAAUGGAGAUGGUGCUGUAGAAGGAUGUCACCUUAUUGUAAACGAAAUAUUCAAUGGGACAAAGAUGUUUGUAUCCGAAAGGAAGGAGACAGCAUCUCGAGAUGUAGACAGCUUCUACAACUUUGCUGAUAUACAGAUGAGAAUUUGAAGUUCAAUGUGGAAACAAGGCCUUGGUAUUGCGCUCUUUCCAAUUUUGUAUAUAGUUUAAUAGUAUGCUUUUGUAUAUUAUUAUUUUUACCCAUAUUAAUUUUUACUUUUAAAGUUUUUAAAAGUAAUUUUAAUAAUUCCUUGAAUACUGCAUCAUUUACUUGAUGGUCAAAAAUACUUCAUUUAUUAUCGUCUAUACUUAUGGAAGUUGUCAAUAAAAGAUUUAAAAACACUUCACUUAAACUAAGCAAUUUGGUUUUCAUGCAUGUCAAGUAAUGUUCAAUUGCAAUCAAACUUUGUUUCAAAGAAUUAUUUCUCAAAUCGACCUGAUCAUAGUCAUUUUCCAGGAAGCAGAGAAGUACUACUUGUUCAAAACUCAGCAUUCCUGGGCCCAGUCCUGAGAUGCAUAGAUUCAAUGCAGUCUUCAAGAGAAACUGUUUUCAGGGUUGUGUUUGAUCUAAGCUAACCAAUUCUGAAGAUGUUGAUAGGUUGAUACAUGAGAAGGACCUGAGCCUGCUAUCCAUAUCACAUUUAGUAGUUAAUAGGAAAACAGCUUUGCAGAGCCCUAUUUUAAAAGGAAUCUGAAAUUCUAUUCUGACAAAACUAAGAUUGUGGUGGAGUACGCCUUUAAUCCUGGCACUCGGGAGGCAGAGGUAGGAGGAUGGCCAUGAGUUCAAGGUCGCCCUGAGACUCCAUAGUGAGUUCCAGGUCAGCCUAGGCCAGAGCGAGACCCUACCUCGAAAAACCAAAAAUAAAAACUAAGAUUAAAAAUGGUCACUUGUAAAAAUUCCUUUUAUGAUCGUUACUAAAAAUGUAUUAUCAUGUUUAUACUAUUUUCAGAUAUUUUCAAGCUAUCAUCUAGCUACUUUGUUGAAUUAUGUGUUAACAUGUAGAAAUAAUACAUAAUUUUUAAUUAAUUACAUUGAGCAUCUACACUGUGCCUGGCCUUAUGCAAACCAUUAGCAUUAAUCAUUCCUUUUAUAAGAACAUUAUGCUGUCUAAAGUUAAUGUGAUUUCAUAAGGUGCAAGCAAAAACUGAUGGGUUGAAUAUACUUUUGAUUAUAAUUUACAAAUGAUCUUUGCAAAUAAUGGUCAGAGGCAUUUACUUUUCCCAUAGUUAAGCUAAAUUAAAUAUAUCCUUUCCUAUCUUUGUUAUAUUUGUAAACAUCACUAAUUCACAUUUUAAAUAAUCACAAUACUUUUUUGCAAAACUAAAAUGCAAUGGUAUACAA